GUGGGCAGAAGUAUGAAUGUCGACUAUGUAAUGCGACUAUGCUGACGAGAAACGAAUAUUCAAAACAUCUUCAAGCACACGAGGAAUAUGUCAUCAUUUGUCCCAAAUGUGGGAAGAAAUUCUAUUCCCAAGGGGGAUUUCAACACCAUAAAAAUGUGCAUCAGCCUAAAUCUCAAUGUGAAAUUUGUAACAGUUCCUUUUCUUACAAGACUGGACUACGACAACACCAACAACAAUUCCACAGAGGUAGCCGUUAG